GUGCUUCUUUAUUUGACAACGACCUAAUAACGCCAGGACAAUCGGCUCGUCAAACUCUCCCCAUCGUAAAUAUCAGCGAGACGGAUACAUCAACCAUAUAUACACAAAAACAGUUGUGAUGCGGUCCACUUCGAGUAGAUUGACGGAUGUGUCUGAGAGAUUAGGGUCGAUUUGCGCGUACCGUCAGUAUCAGGAGACUGAAGUCGGAACACAGGGUCCGGCUUGCUAAGGAACCCACCUUUAGAAUUAAGGCAUGAAAGGGAUGUGGUUCAUGGAAGACCUAGGCGCUCCGCAGCCUGAACUUACCUGCAGCCUUUAUGGGGAAUGGAAUGAACAAAAUCCUUCCGGGCCUAUACGUGGGCAACGUGAAAGAUUCACAGGACCAAGUGCAGCUGAAGGCAAACAAUAUCACGCACAUCGUUGCCAUACACGACACAGCUCGGGAACCCCCCGCAGGCUCAGCUUCUGUGGCAGCCACUUCGGCAACGGGCACCAGCAGUCAACAGGCACAACAAUUGCAGCUGUUAGGCGAUGGGGCUGAAGGUACCAGCGAAGAGGCCGCAGCACUUUCAAAUGACGACUUCGAUUUCCAUUACCUCUGUCUCCAGGCCGCCGAUUCCCCCUCACAAAACCUUUCGCAAUUUUUCUCGCAGUCCAAUGAUUUCAUUCAUACAGCCCGCGUCAAUGGUGGAAACGUGCUCGUGCACUGUCUGGCUGGCGCUUCUCGAAGUGUUACAAUCGCGGUGGCAUAUAUUAUGGCCGUAACCAGUUUAAAUUCGCGAGAAGCAUUGCGCGCUGUCAGGGGUGCACGGGACAUCGCGUGCCCGAACGACGGUUUUCAAAAACAGCUUCAUGACUUCGAAGGCAGGAAACUUAAUGAGGAGCGACGUCGCCUACGUGGAAAAUAUCCUCGAACUCAAUUUUGGGAUGAUGAACGCGAGUGCCGAAAGCUGCUAAGUGCUUAUCGAGUGCGCGAACUUGAAGUUCAGGCAGAGGGGCAAAGACAAGCGACCAUCUGUAGAUCGGGCCCGCUGCUUACCCCUCCGUCAUCGCCUCGCCGGAGAAGGAGGACCUCAUCUCCUCUCAACUCUCCAGCACACGCAAGCACCGGCUAUUAUGCCACCCUUGUUGGCACAUCGUCCAGUCACUUGCACAGCCGAAGUGGAAGUAGUACAAGUCUUGCCAGUAGUAGCAGACCGCAUUCCUCACCUUCGUCACCCGGACACCACGCCGCUGGAACCCCUGCCUCGAAUCAAGCUCGUGGAAGCCUAACACGGGCCAGCAGUACAUCAGACGGCUUCCAGUCUUCGAAAUUGGGUGGUGGCGCAACGAUCUCCACUGCAUCGAAAGCAUCAACGUCCUCUGGUAGGCCCAGCUCAGCGCGUUAUCGUAGCUAUUACGGGGGUUCCUGACAAUCGGCUGCACAGUCGCAGGUCUCCCGGCGUUUGGGGGCGGUAGCCCAUGGCACCACAACGACCAAACGCAGAAAUAGCGAUGUCAGCACCUCACGAAACGCCUCACAAAGGAGUGUUUCACUUCUUUCACCAGAGUCAAGUUUUGACCUUAGUGCGGCAUCCAUUUUACGGGCAGUGGAACAUGCACUGCAACUUAGACACUGUCCUACACCACGUUUGAGCAGCACAACGAGCUUCGAUCGAAGACACCAAUUCAAUCUAUAUCACAGUUUGUUUGCUGACUCAGGUCACUACGCAUCUCUCAAGGGGCGAUUCAGUGGCCGCAAAGGAUCUAUCGCUAGCUACACAAGCAGCAAUAUCAGUAAUAGCAACAGCACCGAACUGAUAACAGGUCAUCAGUAUAAUAAUAAUGAUCCGCUAUCUUUGACGGGGCCGUAUCACAGUUUUGGAGUGUCAUCUACGUCGGCAGCGGUAUUUACGUCUCGUGCGACCAGUGCACCUGUACGACGCAUAGAGUUUAUUUUCAACAACAUGGAGAAACUGAACACAAACUUUAAUCAAAGGCCACAAUCAUCCUUAACUGAAACAGCCGAUGGCCACGUUCGCCGAAAGCGCGCGACACAACUUCAACAUACGUUCUCAUUACCCGAAUCUGGUGUUUCUUCGCUGCACGUUACUAAAUCAAGCGGAACCAGUUCACAGGCUGAGACUGAUUUGUCCCUGUGCGUCCCUCUGACUCCGCCGUUAUCAUUACCAACGCUGAUGCCAUUGUCAGCUCCUGAUCCCGAUUGUUAUUCCAAAUUCAAUAUGACAAGGACAUCAACAACUGUUACUAGAAACGUUGAUAUAGCUAUUGAAGCAGAUGGCGAUAAAUACGAGAGGAGACAGAGCAGAGAAGAUAUUAUUGAAUCAGAUGCUGCAGGACAAUCACCGUUAUAUGGACAGUUCGAUGAUGAGUAUGCGGCAAGUAACAAGAACAUAAAACGACCCAUUAGUGCGUGGCGUACCGAAUCGCCAAAUCAACGUCGACACUUAAGUGGCUAUACACGCGACGAGAUUGAACGAUACCAGCAGGGAGUAAUUAACAUUAUCUACGGGGAGCAAGGUCCACCGACAGAUGGUGAAGGCAAUAUUGACAAAAAAGCCGUUUUCGUUCUUCUGUAUCCCCGCGGAAUGUCGAGAUCAUCCAGCAAAAAACCAAAACAUCAGGGGAAAGUAAAGCUCAAAAGCAAAAAAUCCAGCGGGACACUUUGGCAAGCGGCGAAGAAGAUGGCAGUAAACGUCAUGGUCGAAUGUUUUCCGUGCUUUGGCCGUUGGGUCCGCGAACGCCGAAGACACAGGCGAUCCAAAGUCGCUCCAUGAAACGAUUAGUUUAUCAGUCACUUUCGUACUAUACAAGCCGUGUUGAAGAAAAAGUGAAACAGACUCUUUAAACCCUAAGAAUAGCUCCAUAAUUGAAUGCAUAUGCAAGAGCUGUCGUUCUAUCGUUGCCUGCAAUACGGAUACAACCCCUUCAUAACGGGGGCGAGUAUAGUGUAACGGUAGAUAUCUAGUUACUCGACCAAAUAAUCUCACACCUCUCGAAGGAUCAACGAAAGUGUUAGAAGACUACACCCUUUUUGAUGCAAUUUUAUAUAUAGACUAGCUCGAUAUAAACGAGCACACAAUAUGGAACGAGUACAGAAAUUCAGAGUAAGAUUGAAGUAAUAGUAUUUCUAAAUCUGAAUCUCAAUAGUUCAAACAUUGCCCUAUGAGAGAAUAUGAAGCUUUUAAUACCGGGAACUUAGUAAUCACAAAACAUGAUACUUUAGAUCCACCGCUUCUCAAGUUAUCCUAAUCCAGCUUUUGAAACUAAAUUGUACUACAAUUCAAUUAAAAACAUAUUUAAUCUUCAAGCGAGUAAGAAACGACCCCUGACGACCUAAUACCAUGUGAUUUAUUGGCUAUAUAAUCAAUAUUACUGAGUAAACCAUUAAAAAGAUAACUUUAGAUAUCCUCCUGUUAUAUAAGUAGUAGCAAUAAUUAUAAAUCUACCGCGCCAUUGUGCCUGUUGUUAUAUAUAUAGAUAUAUAUAUAUAUAUAUAUAUAUAUCCAUAAACGCUGACAAAACCGUGAUAUACGAAGCAAUACAAGAUUCACUUUCAGAUAUUCUUAGGUACAAUGAGUAGACGACGAUUCAAUUUAUACUUCGUCGUAGACCUGUAACUAUUGCUUGAGUAUUAUACAAUAUAUACAGAUUAUACAUAAACAUAAAGUUCCCGCUUUGCGCCGGGUAUACAAUCAAUGACAAUGCAACGGAUUUUAAACUGAUUUACUUUCAUAUUUUUCGAUGACUUGGAAAAAGCAAUGCUCUUGAAAAACCUAAUUCAUCUGAGGAAAAGAUGCGCGGCCUUUUAAGGGUAAUUUCACUAUUGUUACUAAACAAUAGGGUUUUAGGCCUCAUAGGCGGACUACCUUAAAGAAUUAUAACUAAAACAUGCUUGUUUUAAACAAAAAAAAACAUUUUCAUAUAUAUUGGAUUCUCGAAGAAGUAUUAACCAUUUUUAAGUCAAAAUCGAAGCAAAGAAUAAUUCAUUAGAAUUUUAAUUGACGAUCUCCUGGUAACACCAUAAUCCCAUUGCUGUGAAGCUUCUCCGAUUGUCGGGUAAAAAAAUUGCGACAAGUGAUUUUUGCAUGUUUUCAUUGAGUCUAAAUGUAGACCAUUAAGGAGGGCCUGCAGAGACUGAAACAAAAGAUAUUUUGAUAAUGCAAGAUGCAGGUUAUACGGCAUUUGCAUUAAAAUUUGUCGUACGAUUCCUCCAGUUGUGAGUCAGUGUCAGUUAAAGAUGUAUAUGCUCUGGCGUCAUUGUGAUGGAAGACGACGCCCUUUUUAUUCACUAGUUCCCGUUGAUUUUUUUCAAUGGACUGUCUAGUUGUUGACAGCAGAGGUCUGGUUUCGAUCGUUUUGCCAGAUGGCAGCAAUUCAUGAUGCGCGAUUCUUCUCUAAUCGUAUCAAAUACAUAGUAACACCUUCUUUGGCGUUAGUUACUAGUAAUUCUGGAACACACUUUUUUAUUUGCACUUUAUUAUUAUAUGUAAUUUAUUUAAUCACCAUCCAUGAUCGACCGCUUUAGAAAUAGAUCGGUUUUAUUGCGUAUCUUUAGAGUAAAUUAUGUUACCUCAAUGUGUGUGGCACCCAAACAUCAAGGUUUUUGCAACCAGUGACCUUCAAAUGAUUAAAAACUGUUUGGAAGUAAAUGUGUUGUUCUUUGCCAGUGUUAUGGCUACUCAUGUGUAUGUCUAGCUCAAAUUUCGAAAUGAUUUUAUCAGUUUUCUUCGGAACUCGUCGACCACCGGGAGAAGCAUCUUUCACUUAAAGACAAAACAGUCUUUGGUCUAUUUCCUCCGGUAACGUCUCAUGUUUAUGAAUAGCAGCAAUUUUUUACGGGUCUUUUUACGUAAAAUGUUUCUUUUCAUCUUAAUCAAAAUUGUCGAAUAUAGGAAAUGAUCGCCGAACUUUUUUCUCAUCCUCAAGGAUUAUAAAUUUAAAUGACGGCAUUUCAGCACAUCUACUACAAAUUGUCGACACAAAUGCCAACGAUUCAUAUUAUCUUCACUUAACUAGGACAACGAUUAAUUCUUUUUUGACAAUCCAAUGUACACAUACAUGAUGCAUAACCUGUGGAAAGAUCUUGUUAGUUAACAUAAGAGUAAGUAGUAAAAUUUUUUGACAACAAAGUGUGAAGAUUUUUCAGGGGAACUAAAAUGGGCGAUGAGAUUAUCUAGUACCUUCCUAAAAACAACAAUCCACCUGAUCUCUUCUAUAAAACACGAUGAGUUGAAUUUCUAUGUAGGAUAGUUGUGAAUGCUAUUUCAAUCUACUAGCGUUCUUAGCGUUAGAUACGCGAAAACAAAAAAAGACAAAGAAAAUGCUUUCACUUGCAAAGCAAGCGCGUUGUACACGCUUCUCAGGGAGCAGAAGGAGAACAGAUGGCUUUAUUCCUGGAGAUUGAUGAUCUGCAUAGCUUAUGAACUCCUGAACUUUGGUACAUCGCAUAGUCGGCAUGAGCAGCAAGACAGACAGAGUAUCUCCUAGCAUUCGUUCCCAAAUAGCAGCACCAUGAAGUUCGCUAUCGGUUUAAAGUAUAAUAGCGAAUAGGCUGGAAUUUCCAGAAUCUGAUUUAAUAUUACAUAGACCAUUGUUUGCGCCAUCGCAGCGCAGGGCUCUGGAUGCUGAACCGACAGACGACUAUAUAAGAUCCUUAAUGAAGCAACGAAAUUUUGGUGCAAAUUGAUUGAAGUAGGUCCUUGAUUGUGAGCACGAUUGAUCAUGAUCAUAGACCAAAUUAAUUCUCGUACCAUGUCAUAGUAGAGUAUCACGUCCGACCGCAAUCGCCCUACGCGCCGAUACUUCAUCGUAUCGGUAAAGCCUCAGUUUGAGUAUUGCGUCCACCUUCGUUAUCUUGCAUACAGCUCACAUGUGUCGCUAAGAUUCGUACGGGACGUUCGUCAUGACAAGGAGUUCCUUCUCUGGCAAUGUCGGGGUGGAACUCAGCAUUGCUGACUGACACUGUGCAUGUAUUUGUGCUGAAACAAAAAAAAAAUGGAUUCCUUACCACGCUGCCAUGUCUAUGAAGGGAUCGAGGAUCCUUUUUGUGUUUUUAAGAUCUGAUUCAACAGAUCAAUCUGUCUCGCAGAUUCCGAGACAGGUGCACUAAUAAGAAUUAUAAACAAAGUGCGAAUAUUACUGUUGUUCAUAUUUAAUUUGUGACGAUUGUUAUUUGCCAUUCAACAUUGGUAAUCGACGUUUGUGCAAAAAUAGUGAUCAAAUGCUGGCUAAACAAACAUCUGAUUAACUUCAUUGGCAUGACGAUGUAAUUUAAGUUACUAGAACAAGUUAGCAGAGAGGCCAUAUGGAGCGCAACGGAGAGGAAUUAUCACAUAUCAAAAUUACAAAUGUGAAACCUAUUAAACUAUUGCUUGUCUUUGCGGCUAUGUUUUAAUACUUACUAGGAUUCGAAUACCUACAAAUGUUCAUGCGGUGGAAAUAUUCUUUAAAUGUCUGAGGAAGGUGUUCUAAUCAGAAUCAGUGCUUAGCUUCCAUAUUUUGUUUACUUCGCUGACUGAACCAUAUGGAAAAGUUGAGCUUGCUUCAAACGCACCUCUGUUACGAUAAAGAGGACAGUUUUACUCUGUAUUUUGCAUCAUUCGCAGCAACCAGCUUUGCGAAUGUUGCCACAACACGUAACAUUAAGAUUUUGAAGCAUGAUAACUCUAUUCUACAGUAAACGGCAUUGUGACACAUCUCAAAAUGGUCGAUCACAGCAGAAUAACUUCUGUUAGUAACUUGUAUCUCUUCAGCCUCGAUCGGCAUCGCUGCUGCAAACGAUAGAAGAAAACACAUAACGCAAGAUAUGUAUGCAUAAUAUAAUUUCCCUGUCCUGAGCUACCGCUCCCUUCAUAUAACGAUGUUGUGAGGACAGACGGUUACGAAUUUGGACCAUAUAUGUCCCAUCUAUAUGUUAAUCGAUCAUCUCAUUGCCAUGGGUACCACAGAGGUAGCAGAUCGUGAUUAGUGACUAUCACGGGGAACAGGAACUAUGUUGGUAAAUUUAAAAUAAUGACGAUGGAAACGAACAACAAUAAUAAUUCCAUUUUGUUAUUUGCGUUGCCACUCUAUCUAUAUACACAGCGGUUUUAUUGCCUAGGGAAAAUCAACUGACCCAAUUUGAAUUGAAAGGGAUAUGAGGCUGAUUAUUCUUUUCACUGGCCACUUGAAGUCUCCAUAUUUCGUAUCAUUGUCCGUUUGCGCAACCGUGAUCAGAGUUCCAAGACGAGCUUUGCACAGUACGGUUGAUAAUCAUAACCAAGUUCUUGGUUAUAGCUUCGGGCAAGCACACGUUAGCUUUGAAUGGAUUUUCGACAAAACAGAAGCUAAUGGACGAAAAAUGAAGAAUCACAGAACACGAGAAUAAACGAGAAGCGAUCGCCUUUCUGUCACUUUAUGAAUGAAAGGCAUCCCUGAAAUAGAAUGUGAUAUCGGACUAUGACGGUGAUACGCCAUCAAAGGUUAUUUGAUGUGAUUUUAUUGAACAAAGAGCAGCUGCACCCUGUUCAGACACACUGGAAAAUGUUAUCACACCUCAAAUCAUCAUCCUUUGACCACCCGUGUUAACUUAUUUUGUUUAACUCAUUUAAACUGAUAUCGCUUGUAUAAUGAAAACUUGUGUGGUAUAUACGGUCGGCGGAGGGUUUUGAUGAAUAAACUGCAUCGUACAGAAAAACUCAUAGCUUGGUAGUAACAAAAUUGAGGAUCACACACACUUCUGGACAACUGGGAGUACGAAGUUGAUUGGAUUCGGACACAAGGAGUCUGAACUGGAUGGUAGUUAGCCUUUGACCCGAUGUAGAAAUACCGGGGGCGACAUAAAAAUUAAUGCAAGAUCAAUAUAUAUUAGCAAUACAUUGCCCUUAUGAAAACAAGAGUAGGGCCCCGCUCAAAGCUGGCGAAAGCUUCUAUCCGAAAGUGCCAUUGAUAAAAUGCUAUCGGUAGAAGCUCUGGCUGUUCGCCAACAAUACUCAAAGUUUGUUUAAAUCGUGCGUGGUUUGCCGUUUACAAAAUACGAAGGAAACACUUGGAUAAUAGAACAAGCCGACUGCACCAAGAAGUACAGAAAAUGUAUAACAAUCAAUUCGUCGAAAGAUGACAACCAACACAAGCAAAUAAAUGUUGAAGCCUCGAAGAAGCUGCGAAAACUCACUUCCUUUCAAUCUCUAGACAAGCAGAGUUAUUCCUGUGAUUCUUGAAAACAUAAACGUUGAAUUUAAGCGCUAUAAUUUUUACAUAAAUAUAGUCACAUAUGAAAGCCGAAUUUAAUCUCUGAAAGCUUAAUUAAUAUUGACCUAUCUGUAGUGUAAGCUUUCAGUGUUGGCUGACAAGACGUGCUAACUAGCGAUUUAACUUUCACGCAAUUGGCGUUCAAGCGCCCUUCAAGGUUAACUAUGCCGACAGGGCCAGGAAGUCCUUCAAAAUUAUCCACAAUAAAUGUUAAGCUAAUCUUUAAAUUAAUCAUAUAUCUAAUUAUAGAUAUGAUUAUAUAUAUAUAAUGAGCGAAAGAUAAUUAUUUUAGUUCAUCGGCAUUGCUGGACAUCUAAGCUACUAUUACAAACGUACUUAUCAAGAACUAUGAUGUGAAUACGAGGAAAUUUCAGGCGAAUUGGUAUAUGUUUAUAAACACGCAGAUAUCUUAACAAUAAUAAUAAUAACGGCACUGUCGGCAAAUUAAUGAACAAAAGAGCUGGUGAGGUACUUUUUACAAAAGCUGAAGUAACGACAGCUCUUAUUCUGGGACUCAGGGAAGCAAGCUUGCGCUGGACAGCUGGACUACCUAUAUAGAAAAAUACAUAUUGACAUGAUACAUGAACAACGUAUAAAUAGAGUAAAUAAAC